AUUGCUUGCUCGCCUUGGCUGAGAGAGUAGAUGCACGUGUUGCACAGCUCUCUAUCGGCAUUUUGGAUGGUUUGUUUAUCACAUACGAGCUAAGCAUGUUGGGGGUGCUCUUUUACAUCUAAUUUUAAUUUACCUCAACUUUCUGCUUCAAAAAAGGUUUUAUCGUAAUUAAAAAUAAUACGAGGUGUUACUAUAUUUUUAUAUAGAUAAAUAAUUCCCCGAGUUUCGUAAUUUUGUCAAAAUAAUGAGGUAGAAAUUAUGUCUAACAGAACGAGUGACAAUUUAUCCCAGCCACGUGAAGUUUAUCGUCGGUGCAUAUCGUCUGCUGCUAUUCGUUGAGUUGAUUUGCCUUCAGAUUCGGAUGUAUUCACUUGUUUACGUCGUCAAGCACACUCUGGUUCGAUGUACUAGGGAGAGUUUGUCCCCUAGGACUAGGUGAACACGUUGGGAUUGCUGGAAGUUAGAGCGGACGUGUCAGUCUCCCCCAUCGAUGAUACCGUGAUGAAGUCUGAAGUGUUAGUGGUCUACGCAGCUUUUCUCGUGACAGCUAUCGCCCUAGCCACAGCAAGACAGCCACUUCAGCCCUGGCAACGCCCUGGCUGCCAUCUUGUUGGAUUUACACAAAAGGUGAAGAUACCCGGAUGUUAUGUGGAGAUGGUAGCCAUGAAUGCAUGCAGAGGAUUCUGUAACUCUUACUCCUACACAAGCGGAUGGGCCACUUUAGUAGCCAGUCAUGGAAGACAAAAGUUUACCACAUACGGCAGGUGUUGUGCCAUUAAAGAUACACAUGAUGUACACGUACUUUUAGAAUGUGAAAACAACAUCAGAAAACGAGUCACGUUUCGUUCGGCGGCAAGUUGCGAAUGCAGUUUAUGUAACAUAGAGAACGAUUGAUGACCAUAAUGUAGAGCAGACCAAUUUAUUUUAUUUUCUUUUAUGUCAUAUUUCACAAAUUGUCAACAAAAUACCCCAUAUUCAAUAAGCUUUUUUUUUCAAAGGUAAUUUGAACCAAUUUUCACCAGAAAUUCAAUUUGUAGAAUUUCAUUGGGGAUUAAGAAACUACAGAACGUCAUCAUGUAAAUGUUUUUUUUUUGUAUGUAUGUGCUUAUAUCGCAUUAAUGAAAGUAUCAGUACUUAAAUAUAUGUUAUCUAUUGACAAAAAUGCAUUAGUGUCACACUGCCUAUUUAUUAAUAUGUAAAGAUUUGUUUUCAUUCUAUCCAUUAAUAUUUUCAACGAGACAUAUAAAUACUGAUAGAUCGUACAUACGAUAAUGGCAGUAACAAGUCUGGAACAAAAAGAAGAUUAGUUCACAUUUUUAUGGAAUGCAUGGUACUUUUCUUUCUGAUUCAAUAUUUCAAACAAAAAUAGCAUCCAUAAUUCGUUUUAGACAUUCAUUUUUACUCAUACCACUGAUUUCUAUUCAUUUCAUUGCAAACUCUUACCUUUUAUUGCAAACUUUUACCUUUAUGACAAUUUUUACCGAAUAAUUAGAAUAAUUUUGUAGUUAGUGAGAUAAUUCGGAACUAGCAUUCUACAAAGUUGCAGUUUAGCUGAACAUAUAGUUUUAAUUUCAUCAAUGUAUUAUACAUGUAGUUUUGUACUGUACAUUGUAUAUAUACAUAUUACGCUACCCAAAGGGAUAGAGAAAUCAAAUUUGAUUAUAUUUGAGAUUUCCUAACACUAGCAAAUUUGUGGCGACACUUUGUCUAUACGCAUAUGAAAAAAGGUUUCUGUUUGCUUGUUUCUUUGUAGGAGCUGGGGGCGAGAAAUAUUUCACAUAGUAAUAUAAUACGAGGUAUAUAUUUUACUGCAGAUAAUUAGAAUAGCAUAUAAAUUGUAGUCCAGAUGCACGACUUUUCUGAAAUUAUUCCAGUCUGCUGGUUUUUCAUCAUCGAAUUGAAUUCUGACUAUACAGGGCGUAUAAAAAGUGUAAUUCAAGAAUUCAAAUCUAGAUGGCUGAUUGAGAUUACUGAAUAACUCAAUUUAAAUUUCCCGUAAUAUGAAAGAGUAAUUCGCCAUCCUUAUAUUGGUACCUACUCGUACUACCUGCACCAUGCAUGAUUGGGUUGAUUAAUCUGGAAGACAACAGGUACAGAUUUUGACGGGUUUGCAAAAAUGGGAGAAGUUAAUAAAAAGCAAGAAGUAAGUCAAGAAAAUCAACUUUGUCAGCAUUGCACUUAUUCGUAUAGCAUACACAAGGGAAAAAAUAAUGUCGGUUUACAAAGAUAUCACUCAGGAGGGGCAUCAGUGAAGGGUGCCAUCCGCGGGUCCCAUAUUGAUCAUAACGCGUUUGUUAGAUCUAAACGGCUUCGCAAGCGUACAUCGACCUACUAUUUUAAUAGCAAGUGGUUUUACAAUUUAAUACUAUUUGUUGAUUGUCAACAGGAUUCGAUUUUGUUGAAAUGACGGUUUUACAUCUAUGGGAUUAAAUGUUUAAUCGGAUUGCCAUAAGUAUGUCGUCGUACGAUUGCUAAAUCGCCCAGGUGAAUGUUUCAUGAAGCUGUUCGUAAGUUAAAAAGCAUCUUUAAGAACGACUGGUGAUUCUUUUUAAUGGUAAUUAAUACACACCAGAUUUCCAUCGGCGUUGAUUUAGUUCAUAAAAAAGGGCAAACAGCCGUUCGUAAAAUCGUUCGUAACUAAAGCCCCUUUCACAAUUGACGUACGACCAUUUGCGACCUUUUGGUCGUGCGACAGGCUGCAACAGGCAUCAAUCGCUAGUCAUCUCAUAAGAUCGCACAGAGGCUUUCACAGUUGCAACAGCUGUCGUACAACAAAUACAACCAGUAAACCCCGUUGCACGAGUAAGUUGCAUAUGCUCUUAUUGUGCUCGUGCGAUCACAUGCGAGUGUUGCACGAGGGAUUGUGAGUGGAACGGUCGCAUACAUGCGAAUGAAACGGUAGUGCAAUGUUGUAAGCCGUUGCGAUCGGUCUUGCAACAGUCUUAUGGCCCAUAUUAUUAUCGCAACCAGUCGCAAGACAGGUCUCUGUACAUGUAGGUCGCUUGCACAUGUGCAAGCGUUGCACGACCUCCAGUCAAGUAAAUGCGACUACUUAGUUGUGCCACCUCUCGCACCAAGUCGUACAACGUUGAACAACACUCGCACGAUGGUCGCCCGACCGAUGGUACGACCCCGGGUACGGCCUGAUGCGAGUGAAUCGAUCGUAUUUGAUCGUGUUCGGAUUUUGAACAUGUUCAAAGUUCAGAUGCGACCAGUCACGACCACCUCGAGUUCGUGCGACCGUCUACAACGACUGCGAGUGCUCGCAAGACACCAAGAGAUCGAUCGUGCAACAACAAGAAAAAACUGUUGCAGGCGGUCGUAAACUGGUCGGACGUCAAUUGUGAAAGGGGCUGAACGGUCGCAUACAUGCUAAUGCAACGAUAUUGGAAUGUAGUAAGCCGUAAUUUCGAUCGGUCUUGCAACAGUCUCAUAUUAUCGCACCCAGUCGCAAGACUGGUUUCUGUAGGUCUGUAAGUGUUGUACGACCUCCAGUCGACUAAAUGCGACUAUACUUAGUUGUGUCACCUCUCGCACCAAGUCGUGCAACGUUGAACAACACUCACACGAUGAUCGCCCGACCGAUGGUACGACCUGUUGCGAGUGAAUCAAUCGUAUUUGAUCGCGUUUGGAUUUUGAACAUGUUCAAAUUUCAGAUGCGACCAGUCACGAUCACCUCCGACCACCUCGAGUUUGUGCGAUCGUCUACAACGACUGCGAGUGCUCGCAAGACACCAAGGGAUCGAUCGUGCAACAACAAGAAAAAACUGUUGCAGGUGGUCGUAAACAGGUCGUACGUCAAUUGUGAAAGGGGCUUUACAAACAGCUUUAUUAAACACACACCCGGUGUUACAGUCCGUUCACAUGCCCAAAGAUGAAGAGAAAUGGAAUUCCUAUCUGCUUUCUUCGACGUUAAUUACCUAAUCCACGUGCGGUUUCAAGUAAGGUUUCGAUGAAAGUCAAAUUGGCGGUACUUUCAUAUUUUGUCGGAAAAUGUUAAUUGUUAUAGUAAAUAUUCUCUAAUUUUAGACCUAAAAAAUUGGCUAUCCUUUUUUACGCACUGUAUAGGGUACCUAUCAUGCUUCUCAGUCUGUAUAUACUGUACACUAUUGUGUCAAAUAUUUAUCAUAUGACACACUCUAAGUUUCUGAUGAACUACUUCUUCAUCUUACAGCAACAUUUAUCAAGUGCAAAAAAAAUAAUCAAGGACUGUACAAUAAUGCUACCAAUAAAAUUGCAUCGUGAA